ACCGGAAACGGUGUCUGCAGUGCUAGCAGAAAAUGAAGAGGAGGCAGACCUGAUCUCUUCUGUGGAGUCUAUUCCUCACAUAUCCCUGCACGUAUGUGUGUUGAAUGUGUGAAAUCAGUGUGGAGACACUCGGUGGUAUGACUGGACUCCAGAGAGCGCGCUUUGAUGAAGUAGUGCGCUGACUGUGGGAAACGUCGCACCGGCCGCCAGUAGACUGUGGGAAAACUGAGCGGUCCUGCCCCCUUCAGUGACCAACCUUCAGUGCUAGCGAUAAAAGCCUCGCUGGCGACACAGUAACCAUGGAAGACUACCAUGAGUAUCCUUAAGUAUUGUUACCGCUGAGCUCUUGGCCCGUAGUGUUACGGUUUCAAUAUGCCCGACCGGCAGUGCUCCAUGAGGCUCGCAGUUGCCUGAUAUUAACGUUAUAGGCCUGCUUUUUCCAUCUGGAAAGUUCUUGGCAGGGGAAAGCAGGCCAGCUAGCGCCGCUAGCGUUAGCCUUUUCCGCGCUGCGGCUCUGGGCUUUUCCAGUGCGGGGUUUUCCAUGACCACACCAUUGACAUUGUUGUCUAUCAAUUCGAGGACGUUUUAACUCCAAGAAGUAUUUUAUGGGAUUCAUAUCGGCGAAGGAGAAGCGGGCCUAAGCCAAAAUGGUGAACUGGAGGCGACUGCUGCGAAUGUCCAACCGAUCGUUUCUGGCCUUCAUAUUCUUCUUCUCCAUGUCCACCACUUGUCUCUACUUCAUUUAUGUGGCUCCUGGAAUAGCCAACACAUACUUCUUCAUGGUGCAGGCUCAGGGCAUCAUGUUGAGAGACAACGUCAGAACCAUCGGCCAGAUGAUCCGACUGUACACCAACAAGAACAGUACACUCAACGGGACAGACUAUCCUGAUGGCAGUAACUCCAGUGAAUACCUGGUCCAGCCAACUACAUAUCUUCCAGAGAACUUCACCUAUGCCCAGAACCUGCCCUGCCCAGAGCGAUUACCUUCUAUGAAGGGCCUUAUCGAAGUGAACAUGACAGAAAUCCCCAUGGAGGAGAUUGAACUGAAGUUCUCCAAGUUCUUUGACAUUGAGUUUGGAGGCCAUUGGAAACCAAAGGACUGCAGACCUCGCUGGAAGGUAGCCAUCCUGAUUCCUUUUAGAAACCGCCAUGAACAUCUCCCCAUCCUCUUCCAACACCUCAUCCCCAUGCUGCAGAGACAACGGCUGCAGUUCGCCUUCUACGUCAUCGAACAGAGUGGGAGUCAGCCCUUUAACAGAGCCAUGCUGUUUAACGUGGGGUUCAUGGAGGCCAUGAAGGACCUGGACUGGGACUGCUUGAUCUUCCACGACGUGGACCACAUCCCUGAGAAUGACCGAAACUACUAUGGCUGCGGUCAGAUGCCACGCCACUUCGCCGCCAAGCUUGACAAAUACAUGUACAUUCUUCCAUACAGUGAAUUCUUUGGCGGUGUAAGUGGACUCACUGUGGAGCAGUUCCGCAAGAUCAAUGGCUUUCCCAAUGCAUUCUGGGGCUGGGGAGGAGAGGACGAUGACUUGUGGAACAGAGUUCAUUACGCUGGUCUGAAUGUGACACGGCCAGAGGGAGAGAUUGGCAAGUACAAGUCAAUUCCUCACCACCACAGAGGAGAGGUGCAGUUCCUCGGGAGGUAUAAACUGCUGAGGUAUUCCAAAGAGCGGCAACACCUGGAUGGCCUCAACAACCUCCACUACAGCCCCCACGGCUCCCUCAGCAGCCUCUACAAGAACAUCACGGUGGACCUGUACCCUGAGCUCGCCCCCAUCACAGACUACUGAAGCCCCAUCCCACCCUCCUCCACACCCCUAGCUCACCCAGCUCCCCUCUGGCCUGGCCUAGCGCCCCUCUCAGCUCUCCAGAGGCCUAGUGGUGGGGCGGCAGAGAGGAGGGGGGCCCAGGCAGGGAGGGGUGAAGAGGAGCACCAUGUAAUGCUGCCAAGAAAACCUAGAGGAAAAAAUUAAACCGAAAAAAAGAGGCAGUGGCAAGUCUCUCAAACUGUUGAUCGUUUGUGUGUGUGUGUGUGUGUGUGUGUGUGUGUGUGUGUGUGUGUGUGUGUGUGUGUGUGUGUGUGUGUGUGUGUGUGUGUGUGUGUGUGUGUGUGUGUGUGUGUGUGUGUGUGUGUGUGUGUGUGUGUGUGUGUGUGCGUGCGUGCGUGCGUGUGUGUGUGUGUGCGCGCGCGCGUGUGUGUGCGCGCGUGCACGUGUGUGUGCACAUGUGUGUGCGUUGCUGCAUGUCUUUUUGUCUGUGCCGGCUUAACUACUCCAGGUUGACAUGAGUUUGGUUUAGGUUGGAGGGAGCAGCAGCAUCUCAAAGCCUUAAUGUGGCAGAACCACAGCUCCCUCUGCUCGGCUCCGCACUGCUUCACUUCUGAUGUAUCACCGUCACCUUACCAACUUUCUACUAUCAUUUGUUUUAUACAUAUCAUUCUGUUGGGCCACAGUGGUCAGCGUUAAUAUUUGUGACGUACAUUUUUUAUUUUGAUACGUGCUAUUUAUUUGAUCUGAGCGGGAUGUUUGAAAAAGCACUCCUGUCUGUGUCACUCGAGUAUUUGCUGUUUGUUUUGCUGCACUGCUGCUGAAUCCGCAUGAACAUGUAUGUAAAUAUCGGCCUCUUAAAGCUCGAACACAGAACACAAAUAUGUAAAUAUGGGCCUUUAAAUGCUCGGGCGUAUUACAGUGAUAUUCCAGUGGGUUUGAAUUUUAUUUUGGCAGCUACCUUUGUUCUGAGGACUUCAUAAGAGUGAGUGUUUCUUCCAGCAGGAAGAUCUAACAGUAUAGGAUGUUUGGCUAAAAAAAAAAUCAAAAUCUGAAGAUUUGACAUUAUCUUUUGCAUGCCUUAAUUUAUUUUGUUUACCAGACAUAAAUUAUUUCAUCAGUUGGAGAUGUGUAUAUUUUUAAUUUUGCCUUUUGCUUUGUGUUUUCUUUGAGUUGCACUGUGUGAAAAUGUAGAGCUGCUCCUCAGUAAGGGGCGUGACUGAGCCUCCUCCUCUGUACAGGGAGCAGGUCGGCCAGGCAACAGGAGUGUGUCCACAUAGCAGGCCUUGCUGCAGGCUCGUGGUCUCAUGACUGUACAUUUUGUCUCAGAUGUUUUUAUUUUUACAUUUUUUAUGAUUUUCUAAAGACUUAGUGCUGGACCAUGUGAUGAAGCUCUUCUUUGUACUGUACCAUGUGCUGAAGCAUGGCGGUGUGGGCUGGAUGCUGUGAGUCUGGACGGUGGUGUUGUGAGUGUGACGGGCCACGAUGAGAGAACCGUGGUGUCGGCUGAUAUCAGCUGAGGCUUCGCUGUUCUUGAAUGGCACCAAGUUUCAUUUCUGAAUCAGUGUAAAGACGGAGAUGGAUGUUCAAGAUGUUCACUGUUUUCCUCUGAUGGUGAUGUUACAUCACAACUCUGGCCAUGUUUCAUCUUGACCUUGUUUCCAUGUUUUAAACAUGAGUGGAGCAGAUAAAUUAACAGAAAAUUGAUUGUUCAUAGAUCAAUAAGAGCCAAAUGUGAUCAUAAACUGAGGAUCAGCCUAAACAAUCUAAAGACAUCACCUGAAUGUUAUUGGUGAACCGAUCAGUGGAGAAAAUGAUCAGACAAAUGAUUGAAGGUUGUGCCUCAACAUAUCCUACAGUCAGGAUAUGUGUUGUUGAUAUCUGCAGUCACACACACACACACACACACACACACACACACACACACACACACAGGGAAGAGUAGAUGGAGGGAAACAGGAUCCAGGUGUGAAAUGGUCAGAGUGAUGUUUACUUAAUGUUUAGGACACUCAGGCUUUCUCCAUGCUAACGCUGCAAACGCUUCUGGGAAUGGCUGUUUUAAGGCCACAGUGGAUACGACCAUCACAACAACCCAUCCUACCCCUCCCAGAAUCCUUUGCAGCAGCGAUGUGAGCAACCUGUGUGUUUACAGUGUUAGUGUUUCUUCAAUAGAGUUGACCCUCGACAGUUUCAGGAUCAGAUGAGAGGAGUUGGUCUGACACUGACAGUCACCUCUGUUAGAUGUGGUCUGACCAGGUGACCUUUGAGCUGUGUGGGUGCAGCUGGUGAUUCUCUUGUUCUCCACCUUUCUGAGCACCAGACCACAUGUUGACAUGAGAGGAGAAGUCAGGCUUGUUUACAGGUCAGAUUGAGGCUGUUCACUUCAGUGUUACUCAUUAAUGUUGGAGAUCAGCUGGUUAGGGAGUGUAUUCAGUGACCCCCCCCUCCAUUUCAGUACCUGGGUGACCUGGUCUCUACAGGUCCCACCUGUCCUUCCCUGAUCUGACUUGGACAGUAUUUACAGUGUAGUUUGAAUGACUUAGUGUUUCAGUGAAGUCCACAACAAAUAAAACCAGAGGCAGAGAGACUCUGAACUGUGGUCUUUCGUGAGUAUCUUCUUCCUCUUUGAGCCAGUGUCUCUAAUAGAGCACCAAACCCCAGAAAACUACACUACCCAUAAUGCAACUCAAAGCAUCUUUUGUUAGACCCACUGUGCCUGAGUAAAGCAGAUUUCCAGUUUAUAACAGGCUUAGUUACAAGGUAUAGUCUCCAAGGCCACCCUGAUGACAUCACUAUGACAUCAUCAGUGUUAUUUUGUCCGGCAGAGCCUCAGAAGUGGUGCUGGUAGUUUGACACAGUCACAAACUGACUCCAUCUCUUUAUUUCCUCUGUCGUUCACUGAGUAGCGUGUAGACAUGUGACAGUGUUUCUCGUCAGAGGUCAGUGACAGGGGUCAGGAUGUGGAGCAUUACAUCAGCCUGUUUACUUCAGUAUGGAUCCUCAUGGAUCCAAAGCCAAAACUCUGGUCCAGAUGUUAAGUACUUAUCUCAUAAAUAAAUCUGAUCAAUUUUCUGGUUAGUUCUCAUACUUGGCUCUGAAAUGUGGGGUCAGUGGGUCCAGGACCAGCUGAGGGUGGCUCCACCCACCUCCUCAGCCCUUUUUAUCAGAAGUAUGUGAGAGCGUUCAGAUGGCAUGUUCACCAUUAGACAUCUGUUUUCCAUUUUGCAGUAUUUAUUUGUGCCUUGAGCUCUUUUUCUUUUGUCUUUGAUUCUAACUGAAGAGAUUAAAAAUGGUUUUGUUUUACUGAACUUUCAAUGUUUGUCCUCUUCAUAUGAACCACAUCCAGUCAGACUGAAUCAUGUUCAUGAUAAGGAUCUGAAGGUGUCCACAUCAUGUAUAAUGAUCCACUGUGACUGCCUGCAGAUCAUGUUCAACAAAAGUGUGGCCCACACUCACACAGCACUGAACUGAGACACGCUUCAUGCAGGUCACUUCAUCCCUGUUGUCCAACAGAGCCACAACAAUCACAAAUCCUUCUGUCAUCAACAACUAUAAACACACAGUGCUGAAGCUGUGAGGCUAAUCCACCACAAACUGUCCCCCCUAAACCUGUUCUCCGGCACUGAGUUAUCCUGGCCUCACACACACCUGUGAACAAAGAUAUUUACCUCCACGACCAGCAGGUACACAGGCUUUGCUUUUGUGAACAGUGAUACAGGCAGCUUAAUGAGGAGUUAUGUGAUGUGUUCAUUCUGGACCCCAGUGUUUGUCAUUCUGUGGACGUUUGUAGCAAUACAACAGUCUUUUAUUUUCCAUGUUCAUCAAUCACUUCUGAUAAUAAUUAGAACCCGACUGAUACACCCAUAAACAGUGCACCACAGAUGUGUGGACGUAUGUGCUGGUAGACAGAACAAUGUGCAUUCAGAAAUACCAAAGAUGUUUAUGUCAUUUAGUUGGUGUUGCAGGGUUUGUCCACUAGAGAGCACUAACUGCAGAGCGUCCUGCUCCAUACCUCUGGGUCACUUUUCAUUAAUCCACAUUAAAGGUUAAAUCCAGGAUUUUUGAACCUGGGGUUUUAGGUGUAAAUAAUUGACAGGGACAAACCUGCGGUCCAGGACUGAUCAAUAAUGAUGAAUAACAGCUGCUGUGGUGUCAUCGAACAGAUGUUUCAGGUUAAACAAGGAUUUGACUCUUUCACAGAAAGGCCUGUCUCUCUAGGAAUCAUCUCCAUGUUAUCAGACACAUAAUAACAAUCUGAACCUGUCAGUGCCAAAAGCAAACACUUUGAGUGGACAAACAGCUGCAGCAGCUGUUUAUCAGGUCACUGCUUUUACUCGGUAUCGUACCGACCAUCCCCAUCAGUCAUUUACACCCAUAAACACCCACGUUCAAAUAUCCUGUUAGUUUCCUUAAUCUCAAAAUCAAAAUACAGGGAAAAAAAAAACAAAAAACAAACACCAGAACAUUUACCAGAGCCACGUCCUGCAGCCUUCAUCUGCAGAUGGAGACUGAUAAUAAAAUGAUGACAUCAGUAGAAUCAAUAAAUCAGUAGGGUGGGGCAGCUCCAUGUAGGCAGGGCUUGAAAUAAUUAGAGAGAAAAAUUAAAAUGUCUGUGAUAGUUCUCAAAUCAUUUCUAACUGUUCAGAGAACUGUUAGUAACACAAUAGAUGGACUGAUGACAGAGGAGUAUAUCAUGUAAAUGAAGACGUUAGCAACAGUCCAUGUAAUUGAAGGUGUUAGCUGUUAGCAAACAGUCCAUGUAAAUGAAGAUGUUAGCUAUUAGCUAAAAGUCCAUGUAAAUGAAGACGUUAGCCGUUAGCUAACAGUCCAUAUAAAUGAAGAUGUUAGCUAUUAGCUAAAAGUCCAUGUAAAUGAAGACGUUAGCCGUUAGCUAACAGUCCAUAUAAAUGAAGAUGUUAGCUAUUAGCUAAAAGUCCAUGUAAAUGAAGACGUUAGCCGUUAGCUAACAGUCCAUAUAAAUGAAGAUGUUAGCUAUUAGCUAAAAGUCCAUGUAAAUGAAGACGUUAGCCAUUAGCUAACAGUCCAUAUAAAUGAAGAUGUUAGCUAUUAGCUAAAAGUCCAUUUAAAUGAAGAUGUUAGCUGUGAACUAACAGUCCAUGUAAAUAAAAAUGUUAGCAAUUUGCUAACAGUCCAUUUAAAUGAAGAUGUUAGCUGUUAGUUAACAAUCCAUAUAAAUGAAGAUGUUAGCAAACAGUCCUGUGUCUCUGUUGUUAACAGUUCAUUAUGACCUGUUGCAUCAUAAAUAUUUAAAUUGGCCUAUUAUUCUUCUUUAAAUAUAAAAGUAGGCAGGUUAAUACAUUUUUCAUCAUAUAUAAAUGCAGCUGAUCAUCUUUAUGUGUUUGUAGCAGUAUGUUUGGAUUUUACCUGUUACCAUCCUCCUGGUCAAACAAAGAGAGCAUUUAUUUCACAGUAAAUGAUCCUGGAGGAGCUUCAGGACAUGCAUCAGAGAGCUGGAUAUAAAGCUGUCUUGUCUCAGUGGUCAUUUUCCUAACACAAAAAUUCCUGGAGGCUCAAACAUAAUUUUCCCACAAACCGCAGUGAUAAAACAAACAGGAUGUUACCACUCUGUUAUUUUAAUCCAGGGAGAACCAGGGCAUUUAAAAGUGAUUAUUACCUAAAGUAUAAAAUACUCAACACAAUAUGAACACAAAUCUAGCUCAGUGGUGUCUAGCUUUGAGUCUGGUAGUUCUUUCUACCCUGGAGCUGUUGUUGGUCUGCAGAGACACAUCAGCUGUCGUGCUGCUGUAUAUGAAGCCAACAAGUAACAAGAAUUUAUUUAACAGAAAUCACAAAGCUCAAAAUGUUACACCACAAGGUCCAUUAACAGCUGUUCUGGAGCUUUCAGUUUUUAUUUAGUGAUCUUCUGACUCAGCAAGAAUUCAUGACAACAGGGCAAACUUCUUCUCAACCCAAAUAAUGUUUGAAUAGAAAAAAAGAACCUCAAAUAUUUAUGUAAAAUUAAUAUUGUUUGAUCGUCACAUUAUCAGUUUCAGUUGUUAAACAACUGAACAAACAUCAUCUGCCGAUGAAGGCCACGAGGUGUGGUUGAGAGCCACGGAAACUUCCCAGUAAGUUGGACUUAGAGCUUCUUCUCUUCCUCAAUAAUGAACCCUGAAGCUCCAUCAUACUGGAGAAUCGGCUGAUAUUGAUUUUAUAUUGAUCUCAAUAAAGACCCAUCAGCUCUGCUGUGGUUGGUGUUUUCAGGCCGAACAACUGAGGGCAGAGCCCCUUCAUGAAACCUACAAUCAAAACAGGAAAUGACCCAGGUGUCUUCACCUGUCUGUGUUUGACUACAUGACUUCAGUCAGAGUUGAUCCUCUGUCUCACACUGACUCAUCCUGUCAACAUCUUCCUGUAGCACAUACUCAGUUCCUUCAGUUUAGUUAACACCCCCCCCCCCCCAGCACAGACACACACAAGCGUCACUGAACUGUUUAACAUGGUGAAGCGUCGUUGACAGACCUCCUCAGUCUUUGGUCACAGUAUAGAAACAGUCUGAGUCUGUUGUUGAACUGUUGAACUGUUUUUUUUUCUUUGUCAACAGACAAAAUAAACACUUCAUUGCCAUAUUCUGAAAACA